CAAAUCCCAAGCUUAUAUAGUAUACGUUUGUGAAAAAUCUUUGUUGUGUACAUAUCGGCCCUCAUUCAGCAAUGGAGGUAGCUCGAAUGAGAGCCUUCCAUGGCACAGCAAUCAUCGUUUUCCUUUCGCUUUUAUCGACGGUGAUCCAGGCGGCGAACUACCUGAGUCCGGCGAAUCAGUUCAUGGCUCCACAAAACGCGGCACGGGCCGCCAUUAGAAUGCGGCCGUUGGUGUGGGAUUCGAGGCUGGCACGCUACGCUCAGAAGUACGCCAACCAGAGGAGGAAAGACUGUGCCUUGAGGCACUCCAACGGACCCUACGGGGAGAAUAUCUUUUGGGGUAGCGGAAACGGGUGGACGCCGUCGCAGGCGGCGGUGGCGUGGGUUUCGGAGAAGAAGUGGUACAACUACCGGUCGAAUUCGUGCGCCGGAGGGCAGUCGUGCGGGCAUUAUACGCAGAUCGUGUGGGGCGGAACCAAGAGGAUCGGGUGCGCCAGAGUGGUGUGUGAUGGGAAGAGGGGCGUUUUCAUGACUUGUAACUAUGAUCCUCCUGGGAAUUAUAUCGGUCAAAGGCCAUACUGAAAUGCUUAAAUUCCGUAAGUGAAAUGUUGUGUGAAAUUUAACCUGUCACGUUAUGAUA